AUGCGCCAGGUUUUACCUGAAUUAAUACCACUCAUCAAUGACGAGUCUGUGGACAUUGUUAAACGUGCACUCACAAUACUUAUAAGUGUUGCUAAAAAGGACAAAGAAUUUUGUACAUUACGUUCUCAAUUAGAUACUAGACCUUUAAUUGUCGAGAAGAGGCAAGUUACCCUUUAUGUCCUCAAAGCUUUAUAUUUUAUUUCUGAUAAUGAUCCUAGUGGGCGUGACUUAUUUGUUAAAACAUUAAAUGCCCAUGGAACUGAUUGCCUUGAGGAAUUGGUUCAUUGCAUUGGCAUCCAAGACCCUUCUUGCUAUAAAUUUGCCUUUCUUCUCCUACACAAUUUAAUGACUGAUAUUCGGAUUGGCCGGAAAGUUAUUGCUUACAUGUGUGAAAUGAGAAUAUUAACAAAAGUUUUGAGUUGGUUAUCUGACAAAAAUGAGAAAUUUUUAAGUAUUGUGACUGACAUAAUUUACAUGCUUUUAAAUAAAAAUACUGAACAAAUGGUGAGGAAUUUUGUAUUUUUUUGGAAUUACAAAAUUGACCUAAAACUAAAUUAA